UAAAAAGGGGAUAAAUUUCGGUCUUUACUUUUCUUCUUUACUUUUUUUUAAAAAAUUUCAUUUUAAAACAGUAAUGAGUUCAAAAAUUCUUCCUGUUGUUGCUGCCGGUGUGGGCAGUGCACUUGGCUCCAUGUACCUAGACUCCAGAUAUCUUCUCAGUAGGGAUUUGCACCAGAUUCGCGCAGGAGCCGUUGCCAUUAUAAGUCAUCGAAUUUGGGAAUUUCAAAAAAAACUCCAUUUCUAUUACAGAUUCAAGACUAAAGCAAAAGAAAAUCCGAAUGCGAUUUAUCUUUCAUUUGAAGGCAGAGAAUUUACUUUUCGUGAAGUUGAAUUAGCCUCCAAUAAACUUGCACGCUGGUUCAUGGCAGAAGGUAUUCAGAAAGGAGAUGUGGUUUGUAUGAUGCUUCAAAACCAUCCCAGUUUUUUUUUCUGCAUGUUAGCAAUUAGUAAAAUUGGUGCCAUUCCAUCAUUGAUCAAUACAAACCUAUCUGAAGACCCGCUUCUUCAUUGUGUCAAAAUCGCCAAUGCCAAACUAUUUAUAUUUGACCCCGUUUACGAGACGCAAGUGGCUACCAUCAAGGAUGCGUGCCGUGAAAUGAAUGCAAAACUUGUAGCCUAUGGUGAAUCCACUUUUGAAACUGAACUGCCAUAUUUAAGUAUCGCUGCCACUCUUACCCCUAGCAUCUUGGCCCCUUUCUCUGACGAGGAUACCAGUGAGGAUCUUAUCCGCGAUGUUAAAGGUGUCGAUGCUGCAUAUUUAAUUUACACAAGUGGUACCACAGGAUUACCAAAGGCCGCUAUUAGUCAACAUGCCCGUGUAAAUUUUGCAAUGUGUAUGUUUACAAACACAAUUAAUAUGAGAAAGGGCGACAGAGUGUAUUGCGUAUUACCUCUUUAUCAUAGUUCGGGAAUGAUUGUUGCUUCCUCUGUUUCUUUACAUGCUGGCGCAACGAUUGUAUUAGGCCGUAAAUUUUCAGCCAGCCGAUUCUGGAAUGAUUGUGUCGAUUACAAUGUGAAUGUUUUUACUUAUAUCGGCGAGUUUUGUCGAUACUUGCUGAGUACACCACCUCAUCCAGAAGAGCGAAACCACAAUGUACGAAUGAUUUAUGGUAACGGUAUGAGACCAGAUGUGUGGGAAAAAUUCCGCGAAAGAUUCGGUAUCCAAGAAAUCUGUGAAUUCUAUGCUGCUACAGAAGCACCUACAAGUUUAUUCAAUCGAAACACUGGUCAAUUUGGACAGGGAGCUGUGGGGUCUCGCGCUUCAUUGUUCAGACUCAUUCGUAGAGAAGUACAACUGAUUAAAAUUGACGCGAUUACUGGUGAGCCAGAGUUAGAUAAAAACGGAUUCUGCAAAAAGGCUGCAUAUGAUGAGCAAGGAGAAUUGAUUGUUCACAUGGUAGAAGGGCCUGUCACUUUUGAUGGUUACUAUAAAAAUGAAGGCGAUACCAACAAGAAGAUCUUGAAAAAUGUCUUUGAAAAGGGUGAUGCGUAUUUCCGUAGUGGUGAUUUGUUAAAAUUAGAUUCUGAUGGAUUCUAUUACUUUGGUGACAGACUUGGCGAUACUUUCCGUUGGAAAUCAGAAAAUGUAGCUACCACUGAGGUUGCACAUGCUUUUGGUGACUACCCUGGUAUUGCAGAAACUAAUAUUUAUGGUGCUUUGGUGCCUAAUCAUGAUGGUAGAGCAGGUAUGGCUGCUCUUGUAUUGCACCCCGAUGCCAAACUGGAGUUUGCUGAGCUUUAUCAACAUCUUCGUAAAAACCUACCCAAGUAUGCUAUCCCUCUCUUUAUUCGUAUUCUUCCUUCGAUGGUCAUGACAGGAACCUUUAAACAACAAAAGGUCGCCUACCGAAACGAAGGUAUUGAUUUGACCAAAGUGCCUGAGACAGAGCCAAUUUUCUGGCUUCGAGGAGAUACGUAUGUUCCUUUUACAUUACAGGAUUAUGCAAGAAUUGAUGUGGGAAAAGUCAAAUUGUAAUCUCACUUGAAAAAAUAAAUAAAAUAUGGGCAUAAAAUAAUAUAUUUUAUUCAGGUGCAAGACAUAGUAGUGAUU